GCUGUCUUCAAAAAAGAACUGUCAUUCUGUUUGCAGAAUAAGUAUCCGAUCGCUUUCUAUCCUCUGUACCACACAGAGUACGAGACAUUCGAUGCAAUGAAGCGGCUGAUAGACCCGGACUUCAAGUAUCACCGGUCCGUGUGUCAGGUGGCAGUUGAAAUUGUUCGUUCACUGGCCGACUCUCUCAUCAUUCCCUUCAACAUCUCGGACUACGCCUGGGGGCUAGAAAUGAACAGACAGACGCUGGACAAAGGGUUUGGGUCACGACUGCAACAAAUUGUCUCUAACUACCCGGACUUGCAGAAAGUCAUAGAAGGUUUUAAGAAGGAUGUACAUGAGUUUGAAAGAACCUUAUCGCAAAUAGACAGAAAGGAUCCUAUGGCCAUCCGCAUGAUAAACGACCAGCUGCUGUUUUUGGAAAAAGCUUUCCUUGACUCCGAGGGACUGCCAUCCAGACCUCAAAAGAAACAUUUGAUAUUCGCCGAAAGCAUCAACGACGCAUACGCCGGAAACAGUUUCGCAGGGUUGGUGGACCUCCUGUUUGACAUAGACAAACUGCAGGCAGACAGACUGGCAGAGCGCUGGAAGGAGAUACAACAUCAUUUCUCCGUUCUUCUCAACGCUAUACAGGCAGCGGGCUACACACUUCGGGAUGUCGUCAAAUUUGUUGAGGAAACCUACUGAUCACCAUUUUGGAGCUUCUUGGCACGGUGCAGACCACGUGACACAAUGCAGCAUAUUUGCCGCCCACACCACCAGCACUACUACCAGACUACACUAUGUAGUCCGACGUUUGCUUAUAUGAUUGUGAAAUGUUAAAUAAUGCAAAAU